UUAAUUCCAGCAAAAACAAUAAUUAUGAUUAGCACCCAAAUAGCUUUCUCCAGUUAGAACUUGAAGAAACUUUUCAUAGUUAUCUUUUCUUUAUUCAAAUAUGCAUCUUUUCUCAUAUACCACAAUCACAAUCAGAAGUUUGUUUAUCCAAAUGGAAAAUUUCUUCAACAACUUCACUAUAAAGACUAAAUAUGGAACGAUGGCGGUGACAGUAACGCCGAUCGUUAUCUUUGGCAGCAUUUAUAUUGCAUGGGCUUAUACAGCCCGUGCAUUUAAAAAGCCGCCGCAGAAGGUUCUUUCGAGGUCCCUGUCUCUUGGGACUCUUCAUGGAGGCAAACUGGCCAUGGAGAGACUGCUAGAUUAUCAACAUGCUGUGGCUGAUGCAGCAACAUUGGAAGCUGCCGAGGCUGAUUUAAAGGAUUUACUUAAAGAGGAACGACCUGAUUUCAAGAAGUUGCAGCGCACAGUUGCAAAGCUGGAAAUGAGCGGAAAAGAAGCUGAUGCAGUCCGAAUAUUGGAAAAAGCGGUGCAGAAUGCCCGAAGUUUAAAGAAAGAACAUGAAGCUUAUGAGCUUGAAAUGUUGCUUGUGGAAUUGCUCAUCUACAAGGGAGAUUUCCAAAAGGUUUUAGGCUGCAAAUGCUUAGACGAGGAAAUAUCCGACGCUCGGCGACCGCUGUACAAGGCAAUUGUUCAUAUAAUGUUGGAGCACCCGAGAGAAUCAGCAGAAUCAUGUUGGAAAGAAUUUGAUGAGCUCCGGCGACAAUUCCAGUGGCCACCAUCUCCAGAAGACAAUCAAAUCUAUGAAGCCAUUAAGAACUUUGAUGAGUUUGAGAAGAUUGUUAGGUUGCUCAAGAGUGACAUCCUGGAGAAAAUGAAACAAGAUCAUGUCGGAUUAUUCAAAUAAUAGAUCAUGUAUCAUCAUUGUUUAUGUAUCCUGCACCAUUCAGUAUCUGUUUAACUCAUAUUAAUCUAAACUCUUAUUUAUUAAUUAUCUAAAAUGUGACAUAUAUUAGAGAUACCUCAGUUUCAGGUUCGAUCCUGGACUUUACGUCUUCGAGUCUGCUCCUUUUAGUAUUGAUAAACUCCUUAAGAAUGAUGCUUC